GACAUUGAGGUCGUCCUCGGAAUCGCGUACGCUUCUACACAGUUGAUACCGAACAUCAGUCGGAUCUACUUGCCGCAAAAUAUCAAUAACAAAAUAUAUCAAAACAAGUAUUAUCUCUCUCCCGGUUUUGUGUGUACAAUCAUGGGUAUCCCCACGGUGACGCUGAGUAACGGCCAGAAAAUACCGGCAGUCGGUUUGGGCACUUGGCAGGCGGCACCUGGAGAGGUGGAAGAUGCCGUGAAGAACGCCAUCGACAUGGGUUAUCGCCAUUUCGACUGCGCAUUUCUCUAUGGCAACGAGCACGAAAUUGGUAACGCAAUCAGAGAGAAGAUCAAGGAUGGAUCGGUGAAACGCGAGGAUCUUUAUAUCGUGACGAAACUGUGGAACACUUUUCACGAGACGGAGCAAGUAGUCCCUGCGUGCAAGAAGUCGUUGGAGAACUUUGGCCUGGAUUAUGUUGAUCUGUAUUUGGUGCAUUGGCCAGUUGCGCAAAAGAUGAAAGGCGAAAGCUCCAAAGAUCUUCCGUUCAAAGAUGCUGAAGGUUACGAUUACGAUUACGUAGACACGUGGAAAGGGAUGGAGGAAUGCUUGAGUUUAGGAUUAACGAAAAGCAUAGGUGUUUCCAAUUUCAAUAGCGAGCAGAUCGAGAGGCUCUUGGAAAACUGCAAAGUUAAACCUGUCAUGAAUCAGAUUGAGGUUCACCCGAAUUUGAACCAAAAGAAGUUGAUCAAGUUCUGCAAGGAGCGCGAUAUUGCGAUCACCGCUUACAGCCCUUUCGGAUCACCAUCGAGACCAUGGGCCAAACCCGGAGAUCCUGUACUCUCGUUGACUGAUCCACACAUCGUUGCCAUAGGUAACAACCACGGGAAGACAUCUGCUCAGGUCAUCCUCCGCUACAUCGUUCAAUUAGGUUGCAUCCCGAUUCCCAAAUCGACGUCUCUCAAACGCAUUACAGAGAACAGCGAGAUCUUCGACUUUGAGCUGACCGAAUCCGAAGUCGAAGUCCUUGAUGGGAUGAACUGCGAAGGCAGAGCCGUUCCCGCAUUCGAGCUUCGCGACAUGCCCAAUUACCCAUUCAACAUAGCCUUUUGAAGACGCAACAAAUCAAUCAAUAAAUAAAUAAACUUAUUAAGCAAA